AUGGGUCGAAGUGCGAGUUUGAGGAGUCCAAAGCAGAAGAAUUUGCAGGUCAAGGUGGGACAGUCGAUUCGUUCGAGGAUGCAGCUGGGCAGGAGGCGUGAGGAGAUGGAAGUAGCGUGGUGGGUGUGCUUUGGUGGAGAAGGCGCGAGGCGCGAGCAGAGUACGUACUGGGAUGAGAGUAAAGCCUGCCCAAACCCUGCAGCGUCUUCCUUCCACCACUUUGACUCGCGCUCGGCCAACGUUGUCCUCACUAAUGCGAGCACCGACAAAUCGUCGACCGACGCCACCGCCAGCAAAGGUGGCAUGAGGUUGAAGUUGAAACCGACUCUACGCCGCCCUGCAGAGCCACUGGCCGCUUUUCCAACGAACGUCAAACUUGCCGCGCUCGAGACUUCGGACCUUGACACGUCGAGUGAAGGCCUGGUACAGAUAAGCCGCCUGUCACUGGACGCGCCCUUGAACGUGCCAGGAAGCAUCAAGCGUAACGUCGAAGUCUACGAAACCACCCCCGAUCGCGAGCAAGUGCCUCCUACCACGCAAGCCAUCCCGACGUCUUCACAGAAGCCAGCUACUACCAUCACGCCAGGCGCAGAUGCGAGAGGCAUCGAGCGCAACGUCGAAGUCUACGAAACCACCCCUGAUCGCGAGCAAGUGCCUCCUACCACGAAAGCUGACACGGCUGCACCACCACAGCCACGCAAGAGCGCUAGGAUGGCGAAGAGACUGAAUUACCAAGUGAACUACCAUCUUCGAAGCACACGUCAAAAUCGCGACAUCGAUGCCAUUCUCCUCGGGCUGACGCAUUCCGUUGAGCACCUGACUUUCCGCCCGAAGCGCAACCUUCUCGGCUUACCACAAGAACUGCAAGACAUAAUCUUCGAUCUCGUCUACUCCGCUACCAAACGGUUCAAGUGGGCGACCCUGGAAUGUCUCAGACUGAGAAGAGCUUGUCGCCUUAUAGGGGCGAACGUGGGCUACUGGUACGAGGGCCCGCACAACAACGCGCUUCCACAGCCUAAAGUGUGCGAGCUGCUUGUCUCAAAGCAGUAUUUCGUGGGCGCUGUGGAGGUCUUCAUAAGAAAUCAGUCAUUCGAUCGGCCUUCCGGCAGCACUCAAGCCGUAAUCAGCGGCUCCUUUCCAACGCUUGACGAAGUGCGCGCCACUAUUCCUACCAUUGGCAUCGAUAUGGACGAGUUGAUUGCCUUGUUUAACCGUCGUAUCUCAGGCCACGCUGCAAGGCUGGAAUUCGAUCGACUGGUGAAGGUGGCAGCAACCAGUGACCGGGCGACUCGGAAGUGGUUCCCAAAGCUCGAUAUGCUCAACUCAGUCCCAGAUAGCAUGUUCGGACUAUACUGCAACGGUCAGCUUGGUGUGUUUGGAGCCUUUGCGACCGCCAUCACCCUACCGUUUCGUUUUGCUGAGGUUUCCUCACCCGAUCUGCUCGACCAACUACCCAAUCUGAAGAAGCUCACACUCGAUGUCCACUGGAACGAUCUCGCUUCAUCUCAUACCCGUCGCACCACGGGCGACAUGCUUGCGCUUACGGACUUCGGGCGCUUGAUCACCAAAACCCGCAUCAUUGAGGUCUGUGGUAUCACGGAGUUCCACGCAAGGCCUGCUCAAAUCGUCCAGGGUACAGACUUCCAGUUGAACGUGGAGAAGCUCGAGCGACUGCUCAUGCCAAUUGUCACCAGGCCCCGAGAGCACAAGAAGGAUCAACAAGAGAGGGAUAUACUUCAGGACAAUGGGACACCAUUGUACCAUGGCUCGAAGGUGUGCUGGGAGCGUCCCACGCCCAAGGUUGUUGACAAGUCGACGGAGCUCACGCUACACAACAUGCCGAAGGACGUUGCGGGCUUGAAACGCAUGCUUGACACGGAUGGCGAUCGUAUGCUGGAACUCAUCGACGCGUUAUGCGAAGACAACAAGGUGGCACCGCGGAGUGAUCGCAUGCUUGCUGCGAGCCAACAGACAGUCCAGCUUGAGCUGGAAGACGAGCUUGAAGAGAGUUUCGGUGAUGGGUCAGAAGGUGGCGUACCUGUUUAUUGA